CGUUCUGACAAGUCCACGCCAUUUCCUUAGCUUCUAUCACAACAGCACACCGUUCAGCAAGCUGUUUGGGGAAACAUCGGCGCCUGUGGCGGGCUCGUUUUAUAGCUUGAAAAAUUAUGCGCCUGCGGCAGGCUUCUUCAGAGCCUCGCAGACAGCCGACGCACCCGCCGCCCCCUCACUCUUAUCCGCAACUGCGGGGUGCUACUGUAUUUUUCUUUGCACCCCCAGAGGUCGAGCUUGGCGACGCGGGGAUGAAAGAGUGGUGCGACUGGAUGGGCCGCCGCCUUGCCGCCGAAGGCGGUGGCGAGAGCGCGGGCGCGCGCAGUGGCAGGGUGCGCUUCAAGGCCAGCACGAUCGACUUCUCUGAGAACAAGCUCAGCGCCAACGGCACCAAGGCGGUCUGCAAUAUGCUCGAGAAGUACGGCGUGCGCUGCGACGUGCUCAGACUGACAGGAAACAACAUCGGCAACGAGGGCGCGAGGUGUAUAGCUAGAUACCUCAUGGGCUCGAGCCAGGCGCCCGCGCUGGAGCUACAUCUCUCCCGCAACAGGGUCACCAUGGACGGCGUCAAGUGGCUGCUGGGCUGUCUUGCCCUGCACCCGGCGUACCCGGUGUGGAACAGCGAUUCCCAACGCUUCGUGCCGUUGUGGCUCAAGGUCGAGAACGACAAGACCAAGGGGGCCUCGGGCUACAAGGCGCUGAAGUCAGCGUGCAAGCAGCUGUCUUGCUCGGUGUGCCUCGGGGAGACCAGCGGUGCGGCGAAGUGCGGACCACGGCAGUGCGUGAACGGCGGCUGCUGCGACGAUCUCAAGCACAGCUGCGUCGCCCACCUGUGCGGCUGGGACAGGUCCGCCGCCUCAGAGCCGCUGCCUGCUCCGGGGGCGCACGCCCGGCCCAUGUUCGACAAGCCGGGGCGCGGCGCGGUCAAGGCCCCGCCGUCCAACGCCGAGGCGCCGCUCCGCGAUGAGCCUCGCCUGCUCUACGAGGACGCGGACCUGGCGGUGGUGCUGAAGCCGCCCGGCUGGUCGUGCCUGUCGCAGCCCACGGGGCUCGACCCCAGGUGGGCGAAGUUGUCUGGGUUGGCCAGGAGAGCCAAGGUGGGCGACCUGAUGUGCGACGCCGUUGUGCCGGCCCUCCAGGCGUGGCUCUUGCUGCGGUUCGGCGCCGACCCCACCUGCGACGCCGCGCGCGACCAGGCGAGCGACCGGGGGAUGGCCCACCGGCUCGACGUGGACGUGUCGGGGCCCCUCCUGGUGGGGAAGACUCUCCGAGGCUACGAGCAUGCCAAACGACAGAUCGUGCUCGGUGUGCUGAAGGACUAUGUCGCCCUCGUUCACGGCACCUUCUCCACGGACCGCGGGGAGUGCACUGCCCCGAUCGACUCCAGCAGGUAUGAGUCGGAGAAGCGCGUCAGGGUGAGCGCGGAGGGCCAGCCCGCCAUCACCGUCUGGGAGGUCGUCGCCGAGUACGAGUGCCCAGAGACCCAGGAGGCGUACUCCCUCGUGCACUGCCGGAUGGUAACCCUGAAGACGCACCAGAUCCGGGCCCACAUGCACCACCUGGGCAACCCGGUCGUGGGCGACCCCGUCUACGGCGAGGGAGGGCCCCCCGAGUGGUGCCCCCGGCUUUUCGUCCACAAGCUGCGCCUCGGGUUCUUCGGCGUCGAGGGCGAGGCCAGAUUCGAGACGUGCUCGCUCCAGACCGCCCCGGACCUCUGGUCCUCGGACGGGGUUAGCACGAGGAUAAUCCGUUCCAGAGCGUUCACGAACGCUUUCAGAGCGUUCCAGAACGCGCUGAGAAGGCUGCGGCGCCCGAGACAUCCUCAAGAGCCGCCAGAUCUCAGAGAUUCUCGAUUCAUCCGAACCCGACUUUGUCCUCGUUCUGGCCUCGUCUUAGGUCCGCCCUCGGCGGCCUGCGGAAGGUCGGAGGCAUGGCCGCCAAGGGCUGCGGCGCGCCUGGGCUGUGAGGGAGCGCGCGCCAGUGCCGGCGCCUGGGGGGCGGGCUGCCGCCGACGGGCGCACGGUCCCCCCCGCGGCGAAGACGGCGUCGCGCUGUCGCCGGAGUGGGCGGGGGGGGUAGGCGAGAGCGAGGGGGGGAGGAGUCAGAGGAGGAGAGCGUACCGAUAGCUGCAGCCACCGUUCCCUCGCUGUCGCCUCUUCGGGGUCUACUUGAAGGCCCUCGUCGCCACCGCUGGAGUCGCCUCGAAAUCUUGGUCAGAAUGCGCCCCAGGAGAGAGGUCCGAGGAGUGGCGGCGGUAUCGGGCAUCGGUAACUUCUGGUAUCC